CGCCCCCGCACGCGCCAUCCGUUGCCCUGGCCCUGGCUCUGCCAACAGCGCGACUCACAUAACGCCCUCUUCCCGACCACCACCUCCUCCGUCGCUCCCUCCCUUCUUCUUCCUUCUUCCCUUUCGUACUUCCUGUCCUUUGCUGCAGGCCGGCCCUUUCUGCGCAGGACGUCGACUUCGCUCUUGUCCCGACUGACCGACAGUGACACCACCUCCACCAGACGAUGCCCUUUAACAAACGGCGUCAGUCCAGCAUGGAUUUCUCAGACGGAAAGAUCCCCUCGCUCGAGCAGCACCCGGACAUUGUUAUCAAUGCCAACCAGCCCGGCCACCUCCAGCGCAACAAGACAGAGCGCCGCCGGCUCCAGGGCCUCCAGCGCACCAACACCACCACCUCCGGGCCCGUCGCGCCCUAUGUCCCGAAGACGAUGAUGGAGAAGUACAACCACUGGAUGAUUAACGAGGGAGGACGCCGCAUGUUCUUCUUCCUCUUCAUCUUCCUCCACUGUCUCGUCAUCGCCUUCGGUUUCAUGAACUACCAGCUCAAGGACAACUCCGUCACCGCCCGCGCGACUUUCGGUAUCACCUUCCCGAUUGCUCGUACCGCCGCCCUUGUCCUGCACGUCGAUGUUGCGCUCAUCCUCCUCCCCGUCUGCCGCAACUUCAUCUCCAUCCUCCGCAAGACGCCGCUGAACUCGUUCAUUCCCUUCGACAAGAACAUCACCUUCCACAAGGCCGUCGCCUGGUCCAUUGUUGUGUUCUCGUUCAUCCACAUUGCGGCCCACAUGGUCAACUUCACCGAGCUCGCGAUGGUCGACCCCGACGCCAAGACCACUGGCCAGAAGAUCGUCGCCUUCCUCGCUGCUAACUUCGCGACUGGCCCCGGUGCGACUGGCUGGAUCAUGACCGCCGCCCUCGGUGUUAUGGUCUGGUACGCGAUGGAGAAGCGCCGCCGUGCCCGCUUCGAGUGGUUCUGGUACUCGCACCACCUCUUCAUCGUGUUCUUCAUCAACUGGCAGCUCCACGGCAUGUUCUGCAUGAUUCAGCCCGACAGGCCCCCGUACUGCUCGUUCAACACUAUCGGUGUCUUCUGGCGCUACUGGCUCGUUGGUGGUGUCAUCUGGAUCUACGAGCGUAUCCUUCGUGAGGUUCGCUCCCGUCAUCGCACCUACAUCUCCAAGGUCAUCCAGCACCCGUCGAACGUCAUGGAGAUCCAGAUUAAGAAGGAGAAGACGACCACCCAGGCCGGCCAGUACAUCUUCCUCUGCUGCCCUGAGAUCUCGUACUUCCAGUGGCAUCCCUUCACCCUCACCAGCGCGCCUGAGGAGGACUACAUUUCCGUCCACAUUCGUGUCGCUGGUGACUUCACGUCCGAGUUUGCCAAGGCUGUCGGCUGCGACUUUGACCGCAAGAAGGGCGAAAAGGACGAGGCCGGCGGAAAGAUCGUCGGUACCGCCGCGAACCCGCCGAUCAACCGCGUCCUCCCGCGUGUCAUGGUUGACGGGCCGUUCGGCUCCGCGUCCGAGGAUUUCCUUAACUACGAGACCGUGCUCCUCGUCGGUGCCGGUAUUGGUGUUACGCCGUUCGCGUCCAUCCUGAAGUCGAUCUGGUACCGCAUGAACAACUUCAACAGCUCGAAGCCGACGCGCCUCUCCAAGGUGUACUUCACGUGGGUCAUCCGUGACUUUGGCAGCGCGGAGUGGUUCCACAGUCUCCUGCACGCGAUCGAGGAGCAGGACACGCAGAACCGGAUCGAGAUCAACAUCUACCUGACCGCGAAGAUCAAGGACACGGACAUGCACAACAUCAUCGUGCAGGACGUCGGCGCGGAGAAGGACGCGAUCACGAACCUGCGCGCGCCGACGCACUUCGGGCGCCCGAACUGGGACCGCGUGUUCAGCUCGAUCGCGGAGAAGCACCAGGAGACGGACGUCGGCGUGUUCUUCUGCGGGCCCGCCGUGCUCUCGAAGCAGCUGCACGUCCAGUGCAACAAGUGGUCCUCGCCCAAGGGCACGAAGUUCUUCUUCGGAAAGGAGAACUUCUAGACGGGUCUCGUGCGCGCGCCGAGUCCGCCGGGAUUGCGGACGGUGUGCUGGAUCUCUGGAUUGGAUAUCUUAUCGUCAUCAAGCCUGCUGUUAUUGGAUUGUGUUGUCAGUGCUGUACGAUCUACCUUCGUCGCCCCCAGGAGAGCGGCGGAUACCUCUUCGCCUGUCAGUCGGUUAGCUUGCGCCAGUCGUUUGCACGCGUCCUUUCGUUUUCGGUUUACUGUUCAGUAUAUGCUGCAAUGCUAUGUGCAGUUGGGAGACAUGCGCGCGAGCGCGGUGAGGUGACCGCGGGAAUGUUCACACUGGUCUCUCCUCCCCAGCUGGC